AUGUCUUUCAGAGCAUUCCAACGCUCCUUGCGACCACUGGCGUACGGUCUCGGCUACCUGGGUGCUACCUCAAUCCGAUACUACUCGACCGCGUUCGUGCUACGAACGCCUCCACCCUCCGCUCCCCGGGAAGUGCCCACCCCACUAGUCUUCGUCUCCUCAAGCAAAUGGGAUCCGCGCUCGCAACAGGGGAUGCGCUCGUUUGCUGCCAUGUUUGCCGAACGAGGAUUUACUUGUCUUGAAGUUGACCUCGCCCCUCCCGAGGACCGUACAACCUCGGAGGCGCUCAUGCAGCAUUUUGAGGACGAACCCGUCACUGACCCACCUUUAGAGCUCUCCUCCCACAUCCACCUAACCGCCAUCCCCUUCCCUCCUAUCAUCCUCGCCCGCGAGUCCGGCGCCCUCAUCGCCCAGACAUACAUCUCCUCCCACCCCGCUUCCGGACUGCUCCUCAUAUCCCCACCCUCCUCCAACGCCGCCCUCUCCUCUCCCACUCCCACAACCACAACGAGUCCGCUUCUACCCGGUCCCCUUCGCGAGUUUGACUUUGAGCCAAAGUUUCCUUGUGCGAUCUUAUGCUCCGAGGAGGAAAUACCAGAGAUGGAGAAAAACAGGCUGUGGCAAGACCCCGGGGUGGACAAGCUCAUUGUGCGAGAUCGGGAGGGUAUGGACGGGCAGGAUGGGUUCGUGAAGAUCGAGCAGUGGCUAGACGAAAUUGGCGUAUAA